AUGGCCCCCGAAGCGAGCGAAUUCGUCCCCGGCACCGUCCGGCUGGUCGACGUAGGCGAGCAUGCGCAUAAUGGCACCGGUAAAGCGGAUAUCGUGCUGGUCCCCAGACCUAGUGCUGACCCUGAGGAUCCCCUCAACUGGAGCAGAAACCGCAAGAUGCUCGCCCUGUGUAUGGUCUAUCUGUACAACCUAGCCGUGGGAAUCCCAACCUCCCUGCAGUACUCAGUCCUUUCGGACAUCACUCGCGAGACGGGCAUCGACACUGCAACGCUGGUGCAGGGGAACGGCCUCAUGAUUCUCUUCUUUGGAUGGGGUCCUGCUCUGUUCUGGCAGCCUCUGGCACUGACAUACGGCCGCCGCGGCGUCUACCUCCUCUCGACCCUGCUGGUCAUCCCUAUCACGAUAUGGACCGCGUAUUCCAGCUCCGCGGGUGAAUGGUACGCACACCGCGUGCUUAUCGGGAUCAUUGCCUCGCCGUUCGAAGCCCUGCCUGAGGUGACCAUUUUUGAUCUGUUCUUCGCCCACGAGCGCGGUGCUUAUACCAGUAUCUAUGUCUUUGUGCUGUUCGCUUCCACCUUCAUCGCCCCUCUAAUCGCUGGGUGGUUUAACGAUGCGUACGGCUGGCGAUGGACAAUGCAAUUCGGCGCUAUAAUUGCUGCCUUCUUCUUCGUUAUCUUGUUCUUCUUUCUCGAAGAGACCAUCUACUUCCGUGAUUCCGUCGAGGGAGACAGCGACAGUGCCCGUAACUUGAUGUCCUCGCGGUCCGACAGCGAUGAGGAAGCAUCCAGCCCUCCAUCAAGCAUCAAAGGAGGUGCUGCUACUGCUGCUGGAGAGACAACCAUGGCAUCACGAUCUCCAUCCCCACCGGCAUCCCCCCAGCCCGUCUCCGCCAACCCGAGUCAUGACUCCCAGCGCUUCUUCCGCGUCGUCAAAAGCUUCAGGCUCUUCACCCCACUCCCCGGCCGUCCUAGCAACAUUGAAAUGCUCCGCAUGAUAUACUACCCCGUUCUAUUCAUCUUCCAGUUCCCCACCGUCUUCUGGUCCGGCUUCCUCUACGGCAUCAACCUCGCCUGGUACAAUGUCCUCAACGGUACAACCAGCCCCGUCCUCAGCGCCCCUCCCUAUAACUGGUCCGCCGCCCUCAUCGGAUGCGUCUACACAGGCCCUAUCAUCGGAGCAGCCCUUGCUGCUAUUUGGUGCGGCCCCGGCGCAGAUAAGUUCGCCCUUCUUCUCGCCCGUCGCAACGGCGGCGUCCGUGAACCUGAGCAAAGACUCUGGCCCCUUCUGGUAUCCGGCGUCGUCUCCGCCGCAGGCCUAAUCCUCUGGGGAGUGGGCGCAGAUCGAGGAAUGCACUGGGUCGGACUCGUCUUCGGCCUCGGCCUCAUGACCUUCGGCACCGUGACAGGGGGAGCCGUCGCGGUCUCAUACAACGUUGAUUGCUUGAAGGAAAUCGGCGGCGCGAGCACAGUCUCUGUUAUGAUGAUGCGUAACACGAUAGGGUUCGGAUUCAGCUAUGCGAUUACCCCCUGGUACACGAAUAUGGGCUUGACGAACUGCUUUGUUACCGCUGGGAUUGUGUCUCUCGUUUGUACGUUGACGUUCCUGGUUAUGGUUAAGUAUGGCAAGACAAUGCGCAGGAUGUCGACCGAGAGGUAUUUGAAGUAUAUCUCGCGCGUGCCGAUGAAGACGGCUUAG